AUGUAUUUGGUCACUCCCACUGAAGAUACGUGGAGAAAAUCUGAAAUUGGAUUUAAAGAACGAUGGAACUUUCCCAAUUGCAUAGGGAGCAUUGAUGGCAAGCAUGUAGAAAUCAAAUGCCCUAAUAAAAGUGGUACAAGUUAUUUUUGCUAUAAAAAUUAUUUUUCAAUUGUACUAUUGGCCAUAGUUGAUCCUUACUAUAAUUUUAUAAUUGUUGAUAUUGGUAGCUAUGGACGACACAGUGAUAGUGCAAUAUUCGAGAAUUCUUCGUUCUAUCGUGAAUUUGUUGAUAAUAAAACAAUUUUGCCACCAAAACCCUUACCUGGGACGGAUACCCCUGUCCCGCAUGUGUUUGUAGGUGAUGAAGGAUUUAAGUUACAAACAUAUUUAAUGCGUCCUUUCUCAAGAAAAGCAAUUGUUGAAAAUCUAGAAAAAAAAAAUUAUAACAAACGGCAUUGCAGAGCUCGACGAGUCGUUGAAAAUGCUUUUGGGAUUUUAGCCCAAAAGUGGCGUGUAUUUUUUAGGCCUAUUGAGUGUGAUGUUGAAACUGCUGUUCACGUUAUCAAAGCCGCAUGUUGCCUUCACAAUUUUAUUAGAACUACCGCAAAUGGCACUACUGAUGAGAGAGAAUCAACAGAGGACAUCAUAAAUCAAACUUCCAUUGCUUUUUCAACCUCUACUCGAUUAAGAGAAAGAUCAAGUGAUAUGGCUCAAGCUGUGCGAAACCAUUUCGUACACUACUUUAAUUAUUUAAGUCAAUGA